UUCAUAGAAAACAAGGGUCCGGAGAUUGGGUAUUACUUACCUCAUCAUUGUGUUACCCGGGAACAUUCGGAAACUACAAAGCUGCGUGUUGUAUUCAAUGGAUCAGCAAAGACAUCAACGGGACUUAGUUUAAACGACGUAAUGUAUACAGGUCCCAACCUACAACAAGACUUACAAUCCCUUAUAUUAAAGUGGAGAAGAUUCCGAUAUGUAUACACCGCAGACGUGGAGAAAAUGUUUAGAAAUAUUGACAUUUUUGAGUGCGAUCGGAAAAUGCAAAGAAUUAUUUGGCGAAAUUCACAAGGUCGACCGUUACAGGAAUAUGAAUUGACAACCGUAACGUAUGGCACAAAAGCGGCGCCCUUUUUAGCCAUGAUGACUUUAAAACAGCUAGCUAUGGAUGAAAGACCUCGGUUUCCACGGGCAGCGGAAAUCACAGAGCAGGCAUUUUAUACAGAUGACUUAAUAUAUGGGGCCCAUUCUAUAGAAGAAGGAUGCAGCAUGGUAACGGAGUUACAGGAUUUGUUGCAGUCAGGGGGUUUUACUUUAAGAAAAUGGGCUUCCAAUGAACCAAGAAUACUGAAAGAGAUUUCGGAAAAAAUUAACCGAGAUCAAAACCAGCAAAUAUUUACGUUUAAAGGAGAUCUUAUUUCAAAAACAUUAGGGGUAUACUGGAACCCGAAAGAAGACUGCUUUAUGUUUCAAUCGUCAUUUGAUUUCUCGAAUAAGACGACCAAAAGAGCGCUUCUAUCAGAUAUAUCGAAGCUGUUUGACCCACUGGGUUGGUUAGCUCCUGCAAUUACAGCUAUGAAAAUAAUUUUUCAAGAAGUAUGGAAGCAAAACAUUAAGUGGGAUGAUCAAAUCCCUACUUCUAUUUUGAAAAAAUGGAAGCAAUUUAAAGAAGAAAUAGAACUAAGUAUUUCUAAAAUAAGGAUCCCGAGGUGGUUGCAAACUAGUCCGGACAGCACAUUAGAGCUACAUGGAUUUUGUGAUGCAUCAAAUAAAGCAUAUGCCGCAGUUAUUUACUGUCGAAUAAACAACAAGGUUUCAUUGGUGGCAGCCAAAACAAAAUUGGUACCCGUUAAAGGAAAAAUCUCUAUUCCGAGAGGUGAAUUAUGUGGAGCGGUUUUAUUAACAAAGCUGUUUAAUAAAGUUAAAGCAUGUUUAGGGUAUAAUAAAAUUAAAUGUUACGGUUGGACGGAUUCCAUGGUAACCUUGGGGUGGAUACAGGGACAGCCUGAGAAAUGGAAGCCAUUUGUAAGCAACAGAGUCAAGCAAAUUGUUCAAGAUAUGCCGUCAAACACGUGGCGCUAUGUUAAAUCAGAGGAAAACCCCGCAGACUGCGCCAGUCGUGGUAUUUCCGUCAAACAACUUGAAAUGCACUCUUUAUGGUGGAAUGGUCCAUCAUGGCUUCCUUUAUAUAGGAAUGACAAGGAAACUCAGUCAUAUUUUACGAAGGAAGAAGAAAAAAAUCAAUAUUUAGUUAAUAUAGUACAAGGUACAGAUAACACAGUAAAGGGAAUAAUACAAAACUGCAGUAGUUUCUCACGGGCAAUCAGGAUAGUUGCUUGGAUAUUACGGCUUUUACCAAGAAAUAAGGAUAAAAGGGAACGAUACCUUACAUUAGCUGAAGUCAAGGAAGCGAAACGGAAGAUAAUUCGCAACGUACAAGAAGACGACUUCUUCUAUGAGAUAGAAAAGUUGAGAAGAAAGGAGAGCAUUAAUAAAAGUACACUAAUUGCAUUGAAUCCAUAUCUUGGACAGGAUGGCCUUCUUCGUGUGGGGGGAAGGUUGCGAAAUGCCUUCAUUAGUAAAGACAUGCAACAUCCCAUUAUAAUUUCACAUACUGGUAGGCUGACUGACUUAAUAAUAGACCAAGCGCAUAAGCUUACCUUUCAUGGCGGCCCUCGCCUAACAUUAUCACUUAUCAGACAGAAGUACUGGAUUUUGGGCGGUAAUAGAGCAGUAAAGAGGCAAUUGAGAUUAUGUGUAACAUGUGUUAAAAACAACCCUCGGAUGCAAUAUCAAAUAAUGGGCGACUUGCCCGAAGCUCGGUGUAAUCCGGCGCGACCCUUUAAGCAUACUGGAGUUGACUUCACGGGAUAUAUCCUAAUAAAAAGUAGCAAAGGACGAGGAAUCAAGUGCACAAAAGGUUACAUAGCCGUAUUUAUAUGCAUGGCUACAAAGGCAGUGCAUUUAGAAGUAGUAUCUGAUUUAACCACCUCGGCCUUUCUAGCAGCAUUGAAAAGAAUGGCGGCCCGAAGAGGGACUCCGGAACAUAUUUAUAGUGAUAAUGGCACAAAUUUUAUUGGUGCCAAUCGUGUACUUGACUCCGGGUAUGACGAAUUAAAACGAGUAUUCGCAGAAGAACAAUUUGCCACCACAAUUACGGAUAUGGAAAUAAACUGGCAUUUCAAUGCACCUGCAUGGCCCUCUGCUGGCGGAUUAUGGGAAGCAGCUGUUAAAAGCUUAAAGGCUCAUACAAAGAAGAAGAUCCGGAGGAUAUUAAUUUUCUAACACCAGCUCAUUUCUUAACUGGGGGCCCUACACUUUCAUUAUUGCCCACCGAAAAUGACUUAAGAACGAGAUGGUACUUAGUGGAGAAAACUUUCCAAGACAUAUGGAAGAGGUGGCAAUCGGAAUACUUGCCUACAUUGACAUCUCGAAGUAAAUGGCAAAAACCACGAGAAAACUUAAAAUUACAAGACUUGGUCGCUAUUCACGACGCGAAUAUUCCUCCCGGAAAAUGGGCUAUGGGCAGAGUUGUAGAAUUACAUCCAGGCACUGAUAAUAUCGUCAGAGUAGUUUCGCUAAAGACAAAGAACGGAGUAAUCAAACGGCCAAUUGUCAAAUUAAGUCCCUUGCCAGUGCAGAACAGCAGUAAAGAAGCAGCCGAAAACGAAUCAAACAUAUCUGCAAAACCACGGCCCAUACUACGAAAGGGUCUCGGUAACGUUUUAGCGAUAAUGCUUUCGUUUAUAUUUUUUUUAACAUACGUAUCAGCUACGCAUCCGGAAAAUUAUAAUAUAAGUACAUUCAACAAUAAUAAGGGGUUAUACUUAGACAAAAUAAGUAAUAUGCAAUUAAUUCAGGAAAAAUGGAGAAUCGUUGUCUACUAUGACAUGAAACCCUAUUGGGAAGGUGAAAAGGCAUUCGAACAAUAUUAUAAAACUUUACAAGGCAUGUGUUCUGCCCUCGAUGAAAAAACACAUUGCGAAAUUACUAUGAAUCAAUUACGUCAUAGCUUCGAGGAACUCAAAUACUACGAUCAGGUGUUGCUUACGCAGCACCCGGGCACGCGCUCGAAGCGGCGUCGGCGCGGCCUUAUCAACGGUGUCGGAUACGCGGCACACUCCUUAUUCGGAGUAUUGGACGAAUCAUUCGCUGAACAAUAUCAAAAGGAUAUCUCUUUAGUUAAAGAGAAUGAGCAGCAUUUGGCAAACCUGUGGAAAAAUCAGACAUCAGUUCUGGAAGCGGAGUACAAUCUCAUGAAGCGGUCAGAGGAAGAAAAUUAUAAUUUACGAAAAUUAAUAAAUCGACACGCAAAUGAAGUUAAGAAGGCAAUUACUACUCAAGUCACUGAAAUCAAUAGACUAGAGCGCAUUACUCAGUUUACUCUUGACAGCAUUUCAGCAACAAACGUACUUGCUAAUUUAAGGAAUAUGCAGGAGUAUCUGAUUGACACCAUCACCGAUAUUUACCAUGGUCGAUUUAAUUUUCACCUUAUUUCGUCGGAACAAUUACGCAGGGAAUUAAAUAUAAUAUCCAAUCAUAUUUCAACAGAUCUUUCUUUGCCAAUUAAUAAUAGUCAAAAACAAUUUGGCAAUAUAUAUAAAUUUUUAAGAGUUAAGGCAAGGAUGCUUUAUGAGCAAUUAAUAUUGGAAAUCUCGGUUCCGCUUGUCAGCCGAGAUGAUUUUGAAAUCUAUAAUGUGAUUUCUGUUCCUUAUAAGAGUGACGCACUUACGAUGGUCAAAAUUGUCCCUAUUUCAGAUCUCGUCGCAAUAAACAAAGAAAAAAAUUCAUACAUACAGAUGUCAGAAAAUGAAUUGCUAUCAAGUUGUGAUUAUUAUUCCGAUAUUUAUUAUUGUAACCUACCUAAACUGUUUUAUAAUAUGAAACCAGAAGAUAGCUUAUGUAAGACAGGAAUGAAAAAGCAAUGUCAGGUUGAGAAAAUGCCAUGCGAUAACGAGUGGAUUGACCUGAAUAAAAAGAAUACAUAUUUAUACUUUUGUUGUGAUCGGUGUCCAUUACAUAUUAUGUGUGGCGAUCAAAUUUCUGCAGAACAAUUAAAUACGACUGGAUUAAUAAGCAUAGGUCAUGGUUGCAUGUUACGCAACAAGAAAGGUGUCAUUUAUGCUCAUAACGAGUAUCAGAAUGUGCUCAAGACUGGACCAAUGGUUUAUUCGCCUUAUAUGGAUUCAAUUAAUAAUAUGAUAAAUGUGUCCUUAUCCUCGGAUGUUAUUGAAAAUUCAAAAAACAACUACACAAUUAAUAGUCUUGAUAAAAUAGGCACGGAUCUGGAAGAUAUGCGAAAGGAGGCUCCCAUAAUUAGUAGUGUGACAUUUCACGACGUACAUCAGUAUAUUGCCUUAUACUCUAUUUUGGGCAUCUUCGUCGUGGUAGGAGCGAUUCUAUUGUUGCGGAGGUUUCGUCGAGCAGGUACGGUAGCACCUGUCCAGCAGAUACCAUCUGGCCAAGCAACAAUUCCAAUACAGAAAACAAUUGAUGGGCAGCAGGAGACGUCGAUAGCGGCAUUGGCAGCAGCAGUGGCAGCCAGUCUCGCAAUGGGCUCUACAGAACCCACCCGGGACCGGACUCCGAUAGGUCUUAGUGUUAGUGAUAGUGCCGUGGAUUGGUGUAGGAAGUGUUAGCAUAAGUUUAGAGACUUUAAGUACCUCCUAGAGACUAUUAAGCACGUAAUGGAUUCAUCUUGUAAAGCACUACA